CGCCCGCCUGCGCCGUCCGGACACGGAUGUGCGACGGCCUCGGCCCUUCCGCAGCGGGCGGGGCGCGGGGCGGGCAGCGGGGGAGGAGGCGGCCCCGGCGCUCUCCCCGCCCCACCGGCACGGAGCUGUCUCAGCGCGGCACGGCACGGCACGACCUGGCCCGGCCCGCCCGCAGCAGCCGCCCGCACGGAGCGCCGCAGGCUCCAGGCAGCCAGCCCAAGGAUGGAGUCCCUCCCUGAGACAGUGCUGAUCAGGAUCCUAGCAGCCAUACCUGCGGUGGACUUGGUGCUGGCGUGCCGCCUGGUCUGCUGCCAGUGGAAGAACCUGGUCGAUGGAGCUGCGCUUUGGAUCCUGAAGUGUCAGCAGGAAGGCCUCACUGGAGCUGAGUCACAGGAGGAUGCAGAGAACUGGCAAAACUUCUACUUCCUGAGUAAGAAAAGAAAGAAUCUCAUCAAGAACCCCUGUGGUGAAGAAGGCUUGCAGCACUGGGGAGAGGUAGAGAAUGGAGGUGAUGGCUGGAAAAUUGAAGAGCUCCCUGGGGACUUUGGAACAGAAUUCCCUAGUGAAGAAGUCCAUAAGUACUUUGUUACAUCUUUUGAGUGGUGUCGAAAGGCUCAGGUCAUUGACUUGAGGGCUGAGGGCUACUGGGAAGAGUUGAUGGAUACAACCCAGCCUAAAAUUGUGGUAAAAGACUGGUACGCAGGACGCAGCGACGCCGGCUGCCUCUACGAGCUGUGUGUGAGGCUGCUCUCGCAGAACGAGGAUGUGCUGGCAGAGUACAGAAGUGAGACUAUUGCCAUCCCCCAAGACAACGAUGCCAGCUGGACUGAGAUCUCCCACACCUUCUCCAACUACGGGCCUGGGGUCCGCUUUGUGCGCUUCGAGCAUGGUGGACAGGACAGCCUGUUCUGGAAGGGAUGGUAUGGGGUCCGUGUCACCAACAGCAGCCUGACGGUGGAGCCAUAGCCUGCAUGCUGGAGAUGACUUCCCUCAGGGCAUCCCAUGGCCUUCGGAUGGUUCCUGCAUGGUGCUGCUUCCGGGCUGUAGAGCAUAAGAGCAUACAACCCUUCUGCCAGUGAAUGUGUGUGCAAGGUGCCAGGGGCUGCUGUCCACCUGCCAGGGAGCUGAGAGCGCAGCACACGGGACCAGCCUCGCCGCUGGCACUCAUGGCCUCUGGCAGACAUCACAUCACCCCUGCAGACCUUACUGGUAGGCCAUCAACUCCUAGCACCCAGCCCAAGCUAGACACCUUUCUUACCUGCUUCCCAGCCUUGGGCACCCCUUAAAUUUAGAAGAUACUUUGGGUGUAUCUUCUGGAAGUUAGAAUGCAAAAAGGAAGGAAAAGGGAAAAAAGAAGUCAGAAAUCAGAGACCUUGUGUCUGACAACACAUCAAGGAAACCAGAGCCCUGUCACACCUCUGUCACCAGCUGCUCCACAGCCUGCAGUGAGAACCUUGGCUUCUCCCGUUGACAGAGUGCAGGGGUCACUGCUGGCCACACAGGAGCUCUGGCUUGGCUGCCAAGCCUUUUUAGUUUGGUUUUUAGUGGCAAUGCAAAGCAAGGGAGAGCAAAGCCUUUUCUUUUACACUCUUCCCAGCAUCUGUGUAUCUGGGAAAGUGUUGAGAACUGAAACUUCUCUGGUGCUCAGCCCGUGGGCUUCAGACAGAUAACAACUAAGUGUAAUUGCUGGCAGAGACAAGGACUUAAGGAAACAAGAUGGAAGCAAAUGAAAACAAAGUCAUCUCUUCUUUCCUGGCCUCUACAUGCUUCGUGCAACAAGCACCCUGGUCACCCAGAGUGGUUCCCUUCAGGCAGGACACCCUCUGCACACAGACAGCUGUUGUUAGCCCCAGCUGCUCUCGGUUCCUCCUACCCACUAGCAGUGUCUGCAGAAGAACCCGUCUGCCCCCGCUCCAUAUGCUGACUGCCAAGGCAGCACUUCACAUGUACUCCCACUGGUGCCUCUUGAUACCACGCAGGGCUGUGAGCCACCACCCUGAGCCAAGCCACCUCGGCUGCCCUGAGCCCAGCCUGUCCCUGCUAGUCAGCGCUCUCAGAGCAUCCCCUCAAUAGAGCUGGCGCCGCCUAGCGAGACAGGCACCUUCCUGCGUCCGCCUCUCUGUCUUCCCUUCCUGGGCUGCCAGCACGCACAUACUGCAAUGCCACUUUGCAUCAAAGUGCAGCGUCACAGGUGCAGGCUGCAGCCAGAGCAGAGCUCCUGCACCGCUCGCUUCGGGCACGCUCCGCUUCGCUGGGCUUUCUGCACCCUGUGCCUGGCUGCCUGGGGCAUGCUGGCCCUCAGACCACUGCCGUGCCACAUGCCCAGGCAGACAUAAUAAAGUGACACCGUGUGUGUGGAUCUGG